AUGAAUGAUAUGUAUAUGGACGACUACCUGGGAGGUGCCGAAUCAAUACAAGCGGCUAUUAUAUUACGCGAUUACAUUAUCGAGAUAAUGAAGUCAGCCGGUUUCAAACUACGUAAGUGGGCAUCAAAUUGUCCACAAAUGUUAACUGGUAUACUAAAUGAUGACAAUGACCCACUAAUCGUUUUAAAUUUAGACGACAACGAAAUAAAAACAUUAGGAUUGUGUUGGAAUACUGACAAUGGCAGCUAUCAGUUUAAAUUAAAUGCGGAAGAGAAAACAAACAUCAACAAUACAACCAAAAGAGCGUCAGUUCAAAUUCAUGGAUUUGCCGACGCGCCUGUUCACGCAUAUGGAUGCUGUGUGUACUUAAGGGUAACUGAAAACAAUGAUGUUUCAUGUAUUCGGCUAAUCGCAGCGAAGUCAAGAGUAGCUCCUUUGAAAGUAAUCUAUUUGGCUCGAUUAGAACUAUGUGCGGCCGUUUUACUUUGCCAUCUAGUAGAAAAAAUCGUGAACAAAUUAAAUUUAAAUGUAAGUAAACGUUAUUUGUGGUUCGACUCGACUAUAACGUUAGCUUGGAUAAAAUCGUCAUCCAACAGUUGGAAAACAUUUGUUGCAUACCGUGUUGGAGAAAUACAGUCAUUAACGGCGAAAAAUGAAUGGAAUCAUGUUAGGUCUGCUGAGAACCCAGCUGACAUAAUAUCAAGAGGCUGUAGACCUGAUCAACUUUGUUAUUCAAAAAUUUGGUGGGAAGGCCCUGAUUGGUUAUGUUAUGAUGAGAAAAAUUGGCCUUUGAGUACGACAGAAGCGCCGCCUCUACCUAUGGAAGUACUUGAACAAAUAAAUUCGGCGAUGAUAACCGUUACUACAACAGGUAUGGAAAUUUUUAAUUUAAUACAUCGUUAUUCGUCAUGGAUGAAAUUAUUUCGUGUGACAUGCUAUUGUUUGCGGUGGUUUAAUAAGACAAUUCGCAAAAAACAAUUUCCUUCAACCUCUAUUGAUCACGGCAAAUUAGUUCGACUGCUUCCAUUUCUAGAUGAAAAUAAUGUGUUAAGAGUAGGCGGUCGGUUAAAUAAGUCAACUCAUAUCAGUGAUGAACAAAGAAAUCCAAUCCGUUUGCUUCACGCCGGUCCGCAAGCACUAUUAGCUGCCGUGAGAGAAAAAUUUUGGCCAUUAAAUGGACGAAAUCUAGCCAGAAAAAUUGUACACGAAUUUGUGGUUUGUUUUCGUUCUAAGCCAACUGUAUUUACACCAAUUAUGUCCGAUCUACCAGAAUCACGCGUAGAACCAACUAGAGCUUUUCAAGUGAGUGGUCUAGAUUAUUGUGGUCCUGUUUUAAUAAAAGCAAGUUUAAAUCGAAAAGCACCGAAAUUAAAAGCUUAUAUUUGUGUUUUUGUUUGUUUUUCGACAAAAGCAGUACACGUCGAGUUAGUUAGCGAUUUGACGUCUGAGCAUAUUUUAACAGCUCUGCGUCGAUUUACUGGUAGAUGGGGAUUAUGUACAACACUUUAUUCAGACAACUCCACUACUUUUACUGGUGCAAAUCGACAAUUAAUUGAAUUGAUCAAAUUUUUAACUUCUCCAGAGAACAUCGAAAAAUAA